GCCGGUUGCAACCACCACUACAUUAACACAGCAUCAGCAGCCACUACCACCACAACACAUCACCAAUAACCACCUCACAAACUCAUUCCACCCCGACAAAACCACUAAUAAGCCAUGAAGUUCACUGCCACCGCUCUCGGCCUCCUCGCCACCAUCGCCACGAACCAACGCCGCCAUGUCCACGUGCUCAAAGAAGAUUGCCUUGGGCCUGACCAACAUCUACGAGAACGGCGACACCGCCUUCCACUACGACUACUGCGAGAACAUCAAUGGAUGGCCGUGGCUUCACUGCCGGUAUCGCCGGCUUCUGCACAGGCACUUCGGACGCAUGGGUCGUGCUGCAGGAGUACCACAAGCUGACCGGCGGCAAGGAUGCGUUCAGCAAGUACGACGCCGUCAUGAAGAAGCUGGACCAGUCGAACAGCGGCUCGGUCAGCGGGCUGGACGGCUACUGUUCGGUGUGGAGCAAGCUGGGCAAGUCGGAUGCAAAGUUCCGCGCAGCGCAGGACAAGGUGCGCGACGAGAUGUACUUUGACCCGUCGCAGAAGCUGGCGGACAAGCUGGGCGCGCAGCUCGACGUGACCCGUGCUCAGCUGUACGACACGACAAUCCAGCACGGCGAUGGCUCGGAUCCUGACUCGGUUGGUGCGCUGAUCAAGAAAACCAGUGCCUCGUUCAAGGCUGACGCAAAGGGCUCGUCAGGCAGCACGCUCAAGAUCAACGGCCACAAUGUCGACGAGAUCGUCUGGCUGACCAAGUUCCUGCAGGUGCGCAUGGACGACUUGAAGAACCCGCACAACAAGGAGACACAGAAGGAGUGGGCCAAGAGCGUCACUCGUGUCAAGUCGUACCAGUACGUGGUUGCCCAGAAGCAGUACAAGUGGGGUAGUACGAUCAAGGCUCUCAACAACGACGGCAAGGCUACCACUGUCAAGUGCUAG